AUGGCAGAAGGCCCACUUCCAAGUCAGCUUCCGUCUGAGACAUCCUAUCAAGACUCAGAUGAGCAAUCCAGCAAGCAAAAUGAUCCCUGUGUGGAGCAAAGAGACUCAGUGGAAGUAGAUGAGCCUAAAGGUUCAGACCAACCUGCCAAACCCACCGCUUAUGUGAGCCCCAGGAGGUGUAAGCCCACCAAGCCAGCUGAAGCUGCAGAACAUCAUGCUGGUAGAAGAGACAACCAAGAACAAAGAGCUUACUCUGGAAGGCAGAGGUGGAGGCAGAGGCAGAGGCUGAGGCCAUGGCAUAGGCUAGAGAGAGACAGCCACUCACAGGCAGCCUUCCAGGGGUGGCAGGAGCCCUCUGAGGGACUGGUUCUACAAACAUAUUUUAACCACACUGAAAGACCACACCUGAACCUGGGAACAGGGGCUGACAUGUGCUUGUACCCCACCUUUACUCCAAUAGUCCCAAUGCCAGUGGAGGUGGCUCAGUGGCCACACAUGGUUUAUGGGUACUGGAUUUUCAUGAAGCACCAGGUCCUGGAUACCUACUCCUAUGUUGCCUUCAUCCCAGUAGCCAGCGUAGACCCGUACUUCAUGCCGUUCAGAGCCCCCCUGUUCUUCACCUUUGUUCCUUGGUGA